CGAUUUGCCUACUUGGGGAAACGCCCAAGAAAUUUCUAUCUCGUCCCUCCUAAAGAUGAUACAUCUUCCCCAAUCGUGAAUCAAUGCUUGCUAAAGGGAAAUUAAGUGAAUCAAACCUUUUUCAACCCCAAUAGCAAAUCCGGGAUCAAUCCUUUUUCUUAGCUCAUCGCUUCGUGGAACCAGUAUCAAUGGAGCCCCCUCACCUCCAUGUGUUCUUCUUUCCCUUCAUGUCUCCAGGCCACCUCAUUCCCAUGGUCGACAUGGCCAGACUCUUCGCCACCCACGGCGUGAAGUCCACUAUAAUCACCACUCCACUCAAUCUCUCUCGCUUCCGAUCCAUCAUAGACCGCCACAAUUGCUCUUCUAAUUAUGUCCCAAUCGACCUCCAUGUCCUUGACUUACCCUUCUCCGCUGCAGGCCUCCCUGAAAACUGCGAAAACCUCGAUUCCUUACCGUCGCGGCUUAUGUCAUACAAUUUCAGCAAGGCCAUCAUGAUGCUUCAGCCACCGUCCAGUGAUCUCGUCCGUCGGCAUCGGCCUGAUGCUAUCAUUUCCGAUCUCAACCUCCCAUGGACGGCCGAAAUUGCUAGAGAGCACGGCAUCCCGCGUAUCGUUUUCAACGGAGGGUGCUGCUUCUCUCUUUCUGUCGUCGACGGUGUUGCCCGACAUAAGCCGCAUGAGAACGUCAGCUCUGAUACAGAGCCCUUCUUGGUACCCGGUUUGCCGGACCCCGUUUUCAUCACUAAGUCUCACAUGCCGGAGCGAUUUUUUGGCAACUUGGGUCUUCACGAAUUCUUCAAGAGCUUCAUGGAAGCUGAACGAAAUACCUACGGCGUAGUGGCCAACACUACUUACGAAAUUGAACCAGAGUAUGUGGAGCACUACAAAAAGAUUACUGGAAAAAAGGUGUGGCCGGUUGGACCGGUCUCCCUCUGCAACAAGAAAGCUUUGGACAUGGCGGAGAGAGGAAACAAAGCUUCGAUUGAUAAAGAAAGGUGUCUCACAUGGCUCGACUCGAAGAAGCCCAACUCAGUACUCUAUGUUUCUUUUGGAAGUCUCUGUACUUUCAGCAAGUCACAGCUUCUGGAGUUAGGAUUGGGCCUUGAAGCUUCAAAUCACUCGUUCAUCUGGGUCAUCAGAGAUCAUCAAGAACUUGGCUUUGUGCUCAAGGAUUUCGAAGAGAGAGUGAGAGAUAGAGGUCUCAUCAUCAGAGGUUGGGCUCCGCAGGUUCUGAUCCUCAACCACGAGGCUGUUGGCGGGUUCAUGACUCACUGCGGGUGGAACUCGGUGCUGGAAUCGGUAACUGAGGGCGUGCCACUGAUAACUUGGCCGCUCUUUGCUGAGCAGUUCUACAACGAGAAUUUUGUCUUGCAUCGUUUGCGAAUCGGAGUUGGAAUCGGUGUGCAGAGCGGGUUGGCGUGGGGAGAGGAAGAGAGGAGCGAUGUCUUGAUGGAAAAGGACCAAAUUGCCGAAGCAGUGACUCGGUUGAUGAGCGACGGGGAAAUGGUGGAAGUGAUGAGGAAGCGAGCGAGUCGACUCCGCGACAUAGCAAGAUCUGCUGUGGAAAAAGGUGGUUCAUCUUACGUAAGUGUGGGCCUUCUAAUUGAGGAUCUCUUGAAUCAAAGGGAAGAGAGACUAGCAAGAGAUCAUCGAGUGGGGCUAGCAGAGAAAUAACGACUUGGGCUUCGGCGCAAGAGGGCGUUUUAAAUGUGGGACCGUGGGCCUUGUGUCACCUCUCAUUUAAACGAUACUCCAUUGUUCCGAAAUGUAAUUGGCCUAUUAGGAGGUUAAGAUGUCUGUAGGUAUCAGCGCGUCUGAUUGGUUCUCAAGGAGGUAACCUAUAUUUGGUCAGGUUGGAGGUUGCGGCCCUUCCUUCCAUGACAAUUACAUCAAUUGGGUUGAAAUGAGAAAGAAUCCUUAUUUUUUUCAAAUUUGCUUUCUCAUUAAAAACCUUCUCAUCUGAAUGGUUGUAAUAGCGACAAUAUAUAAUGGAGGUUGCAAUUGAAUGAUUGGAAUAGA